CUGCUUUGGAAGAGUCAGACAAUCAAUACAGAUACCUCUCUCCAGAGAUGGCAAGCCUAGGAGUCAUCUUGUUCUUCGUCAUUGCUUCCCUUAUCCACGGGAAACCCAUUCAUUCAGAGAGAAAAGCAGCUAAGAUCCCUCUUGAAGGCUCUAACCUGGGAUACAAGAAACCCAACAAUAUAUAUGGCUCCAGACUGUCCCAGGGUAUGAGAUACCCCCCUUCCAUGAUGCAGUUAUACCAGACCCUGAUUUUGGGAAAUGAUACAGACCUGUCAAUCCUGGAAUAUCCUGUCCUGCAAGAAUCUGAUGCCGUUCUAAGCCUCAUUGCAAAAAGUUGUGUUGUAGUGGGCAAUCGAUGGACAUUAUCUUUUGACAUGUCUUCUAUAUCCAGCAGCAAUGAGCUGAAAUUGGCUGAGCUGAGAAUCCGCCUCCCUUCAUUUGAAAGAUCUCAGGAUGUUACUGUAGAGAUCUACCACACCAAGGAAGGUCAGGAAAAUCUCUUUAUGGGAUCCUUUAAGACAAACCCUUCUGUUGCAAUGGGUUCCUCGUGGAAGAUCUUUAACCUAACUAGGAUGCUCCAGUAUUAUCUCCAUCAAGGGGAGCCAUUCACCAACGUUGAAUACAUAGAAGUUAAGAACAUGCAUGAGAGAGCCAAGCCACAUGUCAUUAAGAGAGGAGUAAGGGCUGAGGUUGAAGAAGGUCUACAAAGGAAUAAAGACAAUACCCCUGCAUCCAGUUUUCCUACAGAGAGAGUUGUCCUGGUUGUGUUCACCAGGGACAAGCCCACUGCUAGUCAUUUUGGAUCUCCUAGUCUCAUCCACACUGUGGAGUCUUCCAAGUAUGUCAUGAGUGAAAACACAGUCAGGGUGACAGAUACCAGAAGACCCCGGCGCAACCAAAAAACGAAAAAUACCAUUGUCAUGAACACCAUCCCUUCCAGAAGCGUUGGGAAAACCCUUUGCAGGAGAGUGGAUAUGAUAGUGGAUUUUGAAAAGAUUGAAUGGGGUGAUCGGAUUGUCUAUCCCAAAAGAUUCAAUGCCUAUAGGUGUGAGGGAGCCUGUCCUAUUCCUUUAAAUGAAACCUUCAAGCCAACGAACCAUGCCUACAUCAAGAGUCUGGUCAAGUUGUACGAUCAAGAGAAAGUGGAAUGUUCCUCCUGUGUCCCUGUAAAGAUGAGCCCACUGUCCAUGUUACUGUAUGAAGACGGAGAAGUUGUACUGAAGCAUCACGAGGAUAUGAUUGUGGAUGAGUGUGGAUGUAACUGAAUUAAUUGAGAUAUACGUGCAUGGGCGUUUCUUUAUAUAUAUAUAUGCCAUAAACUGUUUUGUGGCAUGUCGCAUUCCUUGUAUAUAGUGUAGAUAUUAUAAAAAAGUUUUUUUUAUAUAAUGUGCAAGAAAAAAAUAUUUAUUCUAUUGAGUUAUAUAUUGUCUGAGCACUCUACAAUAAAAUAUUGAAUUCA